CUAAUAUUGAUAAGUUGUUAACUUAGUUUAUAUCAAUAAUGAUUAAAGAUAUUCGAUAAAUAAGCUAACAGAGCAUUAAAGAUAACACAUUUAACUGGAAUAGUAGUAAGUAAAUAAUAUUGAUCAUCGACCUUUUAUCAUUUACUCGCAUAUACUGAGUCUUAGCGCACUUGUUUUGAUAUAGCACUCGUUAAUUUCAACGUUUAAUGGUGAAGUGUUCGUAAAAAAUAUGGAUUCUUUUUACGAUCGCGCUCUUUCGGAAGUGGGCCACGAUGGUUCGUUUCAAGUUAAGUUUGACCUAAUGUAUAACAUUUUGUUCUCGGGGUUAUGGGUAAUGGCCUACAACAAUAUGAUAUUAGCAUUAACUAUAAUUCCACAUACGUGUAAAGUUCCAAAAAAGCCUGAAAAUAUCAGCGAAAACUUGUGGAAAUUCAAAUACAUACCGACAAUAGAAGACGCCACAGGGAAAAGUAAAUUAAGUGACUGUUUAAUUUACACAAGUGAGGAGAAUAACAAAACGAAAGGUUGUGAUGUUUACGAAUAUGAUAAAACUUGGUUUGAAACAACUAUCCCGUCUGAAAAUAAUUGGGUUUGUGAGAACGAAAUACAUGUAGCAAAUGUUUUUGCUUACAGCAGAAUAAGUGAGAUAACCGGAUCUUUAUUUUUCGGAUGGUUCGGUGAUGUGUACGGUCGUAAGCCCUCGUAUAUUAUUUCAUUAACCAUGCUUAUAAUCGGACGAUUUACAUCGGUAUUAGGCAGCUCUUCAUCUGCCAUAUUUGUGGUCGGCUGUGUGAUAGCCUCUUUUCCAUCAUGGACGGCUGUGCAAAGCGCAUCUGUGAUAUCAAUAGAAAUAUCAUCCGCUAAACGACGAGCCACAAUAACGAAAUUAAGAUUAGUAGCGUUUAGUUUCGGACUGAGCGUUAUGCCAUUAAUUUACUGGUGGUUUAAAAAAUGGAAACCAUUUUUAUUAAUUACGAUUGCAACACAGUUGCCCUUUUUAUUGUUUUCUGCGAAGAUGAUUGAAUCUCCACAAUGGCUUUGGAUAACAAAACAACCUAAAAAAUGCGUCCAAACACUGAAAAGAAUGGAAAAAGCUAACGGUACCAAAUUGAAACCGGAAACGGAAGUGGAAAUAUUAUUAAAUGAACCGGAUAUAAGCAGUAAAAGUGAGGUAGUCAGUCCUCUAGCAGUAUUCGCGGGCCGGAGGAUGGCCACUAACACUAUCUUACAACUAUUGCUGUGGAUAUCUGUAUCUGUAAACUACAACGUAGCAAUAAUCAGUUCUGCUGAAAAGUCUGCUGGGAAUCCAUUUCUUGGUUUUGCGUGGCAAUCUUUAGCUGAGAUACCUGGCUAUUUUGUAGCAGCAUGGCUUGCUGACCGCAUUGGCAGAAGAUAUACGGGAGCCCUGUCAUCCGCCUUGAUAACUGUCAUUUGGAUCAUUUUAGCUUUUAGUGAGAUGAGUGACAUAGACUUCUUGAAAAAUGAUAUACUCAUCUCAGUUUUAUGGAUAACAAUUCGAAUAACGAUUACGGUAACAUAUUAUGCAAUAUCGUUGUUCAAUAUGGAGCUCUACCCUACAUGUCUUAGACAACUCGGGAUGUCUCUAGGAAAUGUUAUGAGCGGUGUUGCUGGCAUGUCAGCGCCCUACAUUUUACAUUUGGGACGCCGUAUUGACGCUCGUUAUCCAAGUAUUAUACUGAUAGCAACGACUAUUAUUGGUGGUAUACUGUCGUCGUACUUUUUACCCGAAACACUGAAUGCAAAAUUACCCGAGACACUGGAAGAAGCCCAACGUUUUGGUCAUCGAGAGCAGCGAAGAGAUGUUAGGACAAAGGAGGAAGCAGUAGAAUUAAGCACUCUUACAGCGCAACAAUAAAUUAUUUUGUGUUAAAGACAUUUGAAAAUGAAUAAUA